UAAAAAUGGACGUCAAAAGUGAAAAGAAGUCGGCAUCAGUAUUCAGUAUAAAUUCUUAAGCCUCUCCAACUCUCCCUUUCAAUUUAUUCGUUUAUUUGUUGUAUCUAUAAAUCUCCGCUUGGAUACUGGUAAUCUUCAGUAGGUUUGGAGUAUGAAGAUUCAGUGCAGCGUGUGUGAGGUAGCGGAGGCGAAUGUUCUGUGUUGUGCCGACGAGGCGGCGCUAUGCUUGGCGUGUGAUCAGAAGGUGCAUGCUGCAAAUAAGCUGGCAACCAAGCACCAGCGAGUUCCUCUCUCUAGCUCGUCUUCUCAGAUGCCCAAGUGUGACAUCUGUCAGGAAACGGUCGGGUAUUUCUUUUGCCUGGAGGACCGAGCUUUACUUUGUCGGAAAUGUGAUUUUUCCAUACACUCGGUGAAUUCUUUGGUGUCAGCUCAUCAGAGGUUUUUGCUCACUGGAGUAAAAGUAGGUCUUAAAUCCAUGGAAUCUGGUUCAUCAACAUCCUCGAUGAAGUCACACUCCAAUGAGAAAAUUUCAGAACUUGAACCAAACUUUCUUGCUAGGCGAAGUACCCCGUUGUCACCAACUGGUCAACAUAAUAAAGGUUUACCAUCCCAAGUUAGAGAAGGUGGGGAUUUUGCAUCAUCAAGGGUGACUCUUGAGGGAGUCACUACAUCUGGAAGUAUGUCCAUGUGGCACUUAGACGAUUUUCUUGGUCUUACUGAUUUCAAUCAGAGUUACAAUUUCAUGGAUGGUGGCUCAUCUAAGGCUGAUAGUGGAAAGCUUGGAGAUUCAGAUUGCUCCCUCAUUCUACGAACUGCUGAUGAAGAACUAGAGGGUGAUGAGUGUCUAGGUCAGGUACCAGAUACGUUUUGGGCAGUACCCCAUAUUCCUUCACCGCCAACGGCAUCAGAGCUUUAUUGGCGAAAGAAUAACCAGAAGCAUUAUGACCCUGCAGUCUUUGUCCCCGACAUAGGCUCCCCAUCCUCGCAGAAUUUCCAUCAUCGCCAACCAGAUGGUACUAGUUCAAAGUGGAGAAGACAAUUCUGAUUUGUUAUCUGAUCUUUGUUGCUAUUAAGAUAGCUGCACAAGGUGUUCUAAAUCAGCUUUACAAGGGUCAUCUAAAAGGUGUGUUGCCUUUCUAGAGAUAAAAUCGUUGAAGCAGUUACGAGUUAGGAAUAUUGCUUCCCUUUCUGCAAGUAGGUUAUAUUUCUGUACUAGUGUUCCACAGCCAAUCAGUUUAGGCGUCUGCUACAUUGUAUCACGUGAAGGAAAUAAGAACCAAGAGAUUUCUUAUAAUUAUGACACAUGUAAAGACACUUUUUGAGAUAUGCUUUUUGAGAUAAGCUGAG